AUGUUUGGAGCAUUUGGUCAACAACAAAAUAAUGGUAUGGGUGGAUUUGGUCAACAACCAAAUAAUAGUAUGGGUGGAUUUGGAACAUUUGGUCAACAACAAAACAGUGGGUUAGGUGGAUUUGGUCAACAACCAAAUAAUAGUAUGGGUGGAUUUGGUCAACCACAAAAUAAUCUUAUGGGUGGAUUUGGUCAAUCACAAAAUAAUGGUAUGGGUGGAUUUGGUCAACAACCAAAUAACGGUAUGGGUGGAUUUGGAACAUUUGGUCAACAACCAAAUAAUAGUAUGGGUGGAUUUGGAACAUUUGGUCAACAACAAAACACUGGUAUGGGUGGAUUUGGUCAACAACAAAAUAAUGGUAUGGGUGGAUUUGGUCAACAACAAAAUAAUGGUAUGGGUGGAUUUGGUCAACCACAAACUGGAAGUUCUUUUGUUAAAUAUCAAGAAACAAUCAAAGAAGGAUCAAAUUAUAAAUCAAUCAAUUUUAUGUCACAAUUCAAAAAUAAGUCGUUAAUUGAAAUUCGAACAGAAGAUUAUAAAGCAAAUAAUGGAAAUAAACCUGUUCCACAACAAGGAGGAAUGUUAGGUGGACAACAAAAUGGAUUUGGUCAACAACAAGGGGUAUUUGGUACUCAACAAAAUGGCUUCGGACAACAACAAGGAUUAUUUGGAGGUCAACAAAAUGGAUUUGGACAACAACAAGGAUUAUUUGGAGGUCAACAAGGAGGAAUGUUAGGUGGACAGCAAAAUGGAUUUGGACAACAACAAGGAGGAUUUGGAACAAAUGGAUUUGGACAACAAACACAGGGAGGAUUUGGAACAACUGGAUUCGGUCAAACAACUGGAUUUGGGCGUUAA